UCUGGGACAGUUCAUUGCUGGAGAACGAGGGACACGAUCCGAGAACACCCGUAACUUGGAAGCUACGAAACUUAUGUCAAUCUAUAGCAAUCACUGGAAAUUAAUCUAAAGUAAUAGUCCUGGACCUUUGCAACUGAAAGGGGAAAUUUUCCUCAGGAAAUCGCUGCCGUAUUUUGCUCUUCUUAACAGUGAAAUAUCACUUAUGGGAUUUGAAAUCUUUUGGGAUUCUUAACUAACACCCAAAGCAUUGCUAUUUUGGGAUUUUUUUCUGUUUGAUUGGAGUUUGUUCAAAGGGACACCAGAAGUCUCGGGUGGCUAAUGGUACUUGCGGUAAACGGUCGUUAAAGAUAGCCCGAGUUUUUGGAAAGCGUUGGGCAUUCGCCGCGUCUUACUAUUCUGUACGCAUCGAUUAUAAAGUUCCUUUUUCUCUCUAAUGGGAGUCUUGGCCUGGACUACUUUCUUGUGAAUAGUUAGAUUGCAUACUGUAACAUACGUGGCCAUGUCGACGAAAGAAGAAAUGCAGGAAAUAGACAAUUUCAACCAAAAGCAGAAUGGUUCACAGCCCCUUGCACCUAUUGAAGGAGAGGGCGAAGACCAACCCCUCAAGCAAAAAGAUGGGGACGAUAUUCCUGAUAGGGGCAACUGGACGGGCAAAAUGGACUUUAUCCUCUCGUGUAUUGGAUACGCUAUUGGACUUGGAAAUGUGUGGCGGUUCCCUUAUCUUUGUUACAAGAACGGCGGUGGCGCGUUCCUGGUUCCCUACCUCCUGACCCUGUUCCUAGCUGGAAUCCCCAUGUUCUUCCUAGAGUGUUCACUAGGACAGUUCCUCAGUAUAGGUGGAUUAGGUAUAUGGAAGAUUUGCCCAAUAUUUAAAGGAGUGGGGUAUGCAGCGGCCAUCAUCGCAGCCUGGCUGAAUGUGUACUACAUCGUGAUCCUGGCAUGGGCCCUCUAUUAUCUGUUCAGCUCGUUUACGACAAGAUUGCCGUGGGCUGACUGUAAUCACUGGUGGAACACGGAAUGGUGCAGAUCAGAAUACGACAGACAAGACACAAGCAACUGUACCAUACUGAACGUGACGGAGUAUAUCCCGCAGUACUAUCACGUCAUCGGCGCCAACCAACCAUAUCAGAACAUCUCCAACAUCACCACAGAGGUGACCAUCUGCAAUGGAACCCGAGUUUACGACAACUAUACCUCACCCGUAGAGGAGUUUUGGAAUCGAAAUACGCUACGAAUCACAGAUGGUCUCGAGCACACUGGGAACGUUCGUUGGCACUUGGCUCUCACUUUAGCUCUAGCUUGGGUCCUUUGUUACUUCUGUAUUUGGAAGGGCGUCAAGUGGACAGGGAAGGUGGUGUACUUCACAGCUCUGUUUCCCUAUGUGUGUCUCUUUGUCAUCUUGAUCAGAGGGGUCACAUUACCAGGAGCACUCGAAGGCAUCAAACUAUUCAUUAUUCCUAAAAUGUCCAAGUUGGCCGACUCACAGGUAUGGAUAGAUGCAUCCACUCAGAUCUUCUUCUCCUACGGCCUUGGACUGGGCGCUGUGGUGGCACUGGGUAGCUACAACAAGUACCACAAUAAUGUUUACAAGGAUGCGUUGAUCGUUUGUGCAGUAAACAGCUGUACCAGCAUGUUCGCGGGCUUCGUCAUAUUCAGUGUGGUGGGAUUCAUGGCCCACGAACAGGGCAAGGACGUGUCGGAGGUGGCCGCUUCAGGGCCUGGACUCGCCUUCUUGGCCUACCCCUCGGCCGUGGUGCAGAUGCCACUAUCACCCCUCUGGUCAAUCUUAUUCUUCCUCAUGUUACUCAUGCUGGGGCUUGACAGUCAGUUCUGUACGAUGGAAGGGUUCAUUACAGCCCUCUCAGAUGAGUUCCCGCGCCAUCUGAGGAGAUACAAGGAGGUGUUUAUAUUCGUGGUUUGCUUCCUCUCCUACCUCGUGGGGCUCGCCUGCGUCACAGACGGUGGUAUGUACGUAUUCCAACUGAUGGAUUACUACUCGGCCAGUGGGAUGUGCCUCCUCUUCCUCAUCUUCUUCGAGUGCAUUUCCAUAUCUUGGGCGUUUGGUGUGAAUCGAUUUUACGACAAGUUGAAUGACAUGAUCGGAUACUACCCCUGCAUUUUCUGGAAAAUCUGUUGGUCUUUUACGACUCCUCUUAUUUGUUUUGGCGUGUUCAUCUUCAGCCUGGCACAGUUCAAGCCGCUAAAGUACUUGGAUUAUCGGUAUCCAGCGUGGGGCGAGUUGAUUGGAUGGUUUAUGGCAUUGUCAUCAAUAUGUGUGGUGCCCAUAUACGCAGUCUACAAGUAUGUCAUCACACCCGGAACAUUUAGAGAGAGAUGCAAACUUCUUUUCCGUCCCGACAUUGACUUUGGACGGCCUGAUGACGAACGUUAUACAAUCCCAGCACCAACCUACACUGGGAUUCAAGAAGAUGGCGUGGCACUCACUGCCGUAUAAGACCGGCAAGCCGAUGGUCAUUCCUUGCGAUUCACCUAUAAGACUAACAGGAUGGUGGUCGUUUUUGGCGGCUAAGCAUUAACGAUCAGCGAGAGUGGUUCACAACAUGGAUCAGUAAGAUAAAAUGUCAGGUUUGUUCUGGGAUUGAAGAUACAGGGAUUGUAAAAUAGAUAUGCAGGAGUAGUUGUGGAACAGUUGUUAGUUGAUAAGCUACACAAAACCCGUCGGGUCGUGGAAACAACUGCACGAUGUCAUGCUUGACAAGACUGUGGGAAUAAGUUAGAGCUGGCGGUAGAAAAAAUCUUAGCAAUAAUUUGAUGAACGGUAGCAAUAUAAUAUAGAGAGAGGAGUGGGUUGCUGGAUAAAUAAAAACAGUUGUAUGGGCGAAUGCUCGAUUUGAAAGUAAAGCGAAUGUUUUAUGAAAAUAUGUCGAUAGGAGAAAGAAAAAUGAAAUAUCAGGGGCUAACCUGAUUCGAACUCGUGGUGAGAUGUUGUCAAUAUAUUGACUAAAUCGACACACCAUGUCGUAAUGGAACACAUAGUUGUAAAUUUCAAAUUCAAUGUUUAAGGGCACAGUGCCGAAUGAUGCAUGUGUAUAUAUCCGGUUUUCUAUAUCUUAUGUAUAGGUUAAAUGUUUAUCUAGCGUGUUCGAUUGCUGCCACCGCGCCUACAUUAAGUAAGCGAUACAACAUUCGUCUACCCCUGAGACGACAUGACUAGCACCUCACGCCUGGCCAAAAUAACUGGUAGAGGAUGUUAUUUUGACUUCCGAGUAAUUUAACAAGCUACUCAUGGAAAAUAUUGAACUCAAAAUCAAACUACAAUAAAAAAAAUGGCAAAAUCUGGCUUGACUCCAAUGAGGAUGGACAACUUAAACAGGCAAACCCAGCACACUUUGUAACCACAACACGCACAGUAUAUAAUAGGUUUUUGCUUAUAAAUUGGAUAUAUUGCUAGAGUAAUUGAAUGUGUAAUGUCUCAUUUGAGUUGAAGGUCCCUGGUAAUGGGGAAGAUGAGCCUAAUUAUGAUGCUACAGCACCAACAUUUUAAGGUGACGUCAAAGCAUAGCUUUGGUAAUACUAGUUUAAAUUGUUGAGCGGCGUCUUGGACUACGAUACAAGGGCGUGCCUGUGAAGUCGGUUGCAGUUGUUCUUGUUCAAUAAUUGAAAUGUGUUCUGUUUAUGAAGUUUAUCUGUGUUUCUCUUAUACAUAGCUCUAUAAUGAAACACGUACAUAUUUAUAUCAAAAAGUACUGAGUAACGCACACGGUAUUAUAAUAAAUGUACAGUAUAGGCACAAAACAUAAACUAAGUAAAACUGAUGUCGUAGGUCGAGUACAUAUUCCAUAUAUUCAUCAGAAGUAGUGAAUAGUGUUUGAUACGAAAACAUCAUAUCUUUGUUACGAAAGAAAAUAUACCUUUAAGUAGUUGUAACGGUAGCAAUGAUCGUGAAUGUAUAGCACUAGUAAAAACAUCUCAGAUUUAGUUAGGAGCAGAUAGCUGAUGAGCAGGUCGUUCUGGGUGACCAUCAUGGAGAACUUCUUUCUUCAAAGAGUUCAAUGAUGACCUAAUUUCUGGAUGUCCAUUAUCAUGGGAAACUUAUUUCUUUAAGAGUUCAAUGAUUGAGGUUGAUUGCAACGUAUUGGUGAUGACCGUUUGCCUAAUAAUAUGUCUAUAGGCAUCCAUCACAUAUAGUGGUAUGGUAUUUCACCGAAGCUUCACAAGGCUUAGUAGGAGGCUACCUCAACUAGGCCCUGCAGGCGGGCUGACUGGUUAACUACGAGACCCUGGUCAUGCCAGUAUGUUGCAAGUAUCUGUUGUUAUCUUGAGUGAGAUGUAGCAUUAUAGUAUUACAUGUGACAGUCAGGAUAGUAUUAUCUGACUAAUAAAGUGGGAGAAAUGUACUACAA